AUGGAGCUUUUUGACCUGGACCCUGCCUUGAUCUACGAAAAGUGUGUAGAAGAGGAAGAAGGGUUUGUAGGAGCUUUGCAGUUGUUUCCAUCUGGCUAUAGUGUUAAGUCUUUGGAACCUCAACUGUCAGGAAAGAUGCUGGUUUUGGACUACAUUCUGGCAGUUACUAGAAGCACUAGUGAUGAUAAAGUAGUCCUGGUGUCCAAUUACACACAGACCCUUGACCUUUUUGAGAAACUCUGCAGAAGUAGGAGGUAUUUGUAUGUCCGUCUGGAUGGUACCAUGUCCAUUAGAAAGAGAGCAAAGAUAGUGGAACGUUUCAACAAUCUUUCUAGUCCUGAAUUCAUUUUCAUGCUGAGUAGCAAAGCUGGGGGAUGUGGCUUAAAUCUGAUUGGAGCAAACAGGCUUGUGAUGUUUGAUCCUGAUUGGAAUCCAGCCAAUGAUGAACAAGCUAUGGCCAGAGUGUGGAGAGAUGGCCAAAAGAAAACGUGCUAUAUCUAUCGAUUACUUUCAACAGGGACAAUUGAAGAAAAGAUCUUCCAGCGGCAGACACACAAGAAGGCACUUAGCAGCUGUGUUGUAGAUGAAGAACAAGAUGUGGAAAGACACUUCUCUCUGGGGCAACUGAAAGAGCUAUUCACACUCAAUGAGGCCACUACAAGUGAUACCCAUGACAAGAUCAAAUGCCGUCGCUGUGUGAACAGCCAUCAAGUCAGACCUCCUCCAGAGGGGUCUGACUGCACUUCCGAUUUAUCUCAGUGGCAUCACUGUGCUGAAAAACGUGGCCUCAAGGACACUGUCCUCAAGACUGCCUGGGAUGCUGCAGUCACUUUCACUUUCUAUCAUCAAUCACAUGAAGAACAACGAGGGAUAUCAUAACCAUUGGAUCAAUAAACUCUUUCUUUAAAAUAUUGGUUUUUUUAUAUCUCUUUAACAGCAAUCUCUUUAACAGCAAUCUGUAUAAAUAUUAUUUCACAAAUACUUUGCUAAAAUAUUUGGUUACAGGCAACCAUCAUCAAUAUUCUUUUUCCCAAAAAAUAUGUUUGAACUUUUAGUGUCAGUCUGCUAAAUGUGUACAGAAUAUUCUAGUAGCAGAAAUGUUAAAUUUGGAGUAAUCUUUCUAGAAUGUCACCUCUAGAAUGUCUUGGUAUCAUGAAGUCUACCUAAGUCAGAUGGACUAUUUAAACCGUUAACAAAUACCACUUUCAGAGAAAAUGCUCAAAGUAGAAUAUCAUUGUGACAUCAUUUUAAAAAUGUAUUUGCUGGAAUGGACUAAUAUUGCAUCAUCCGGUUUUAAACCUAUUACAAGGACAAUUUUUAGGUCACGAUCAUUUUCAGUUAUAAAAUAAAAAAUUGUCAUUUUUUUACAACAAAUUAAUAAGUAAAAUAAAGAGAAAGAAUAUUAUUCCAAAUGGGUGUACAUAUAGUAUAUCACAAGAAGCAAUAAAUGUAUUUCAUACAUCGGUAUGGAUAUGAGUUGACAGUAAGAAAAUGGUGUACAUGUAUAUAUAAAAUUGUUUUGGCUCUAAUAUAAUAGUAAUUUCUGGUAGACUAAGAUCUUUAUUUUACAAAGACGGGAAAGCAUUUUCUUUAUUUAACUAUUUUCAUAUACUGAGAAAGAUAAAUGUGAAAUCUUUGUAUGGAAAGACUAAUGACCAAGAAAAGAAUCCCAAAUAAUUGUAUUUAUGUUAGAACGGGCCCUCUGAAUUACUGUGGUUAUAUUGAAAAACUAAAAAUCUUUACAAGGAGAUGCUU